AUGUCGCUGGUGGCUCAGAUGCCCGUCACCACGUUCCCGCGAGCUGAAGCCUCGCUGGAGAUAGAUAAGAAAAUCGAACAUUUGCUUAUCAACAGCGAUCCCAACGAGUGCAACACAAACUUUUCCAUGGUGCUCAAGGCCAUUGUGGACGAGUUGAAAGUGCAAAAGGAAACAUACCACACGUGUUCUGUUCUUGCAUUGAAGCUUCUUCGGCUGAAUCUCCUUGUGAGGAAUAUCCGUCUUUGUGUGGGGAAGUUAUUGGGCUUGAUCCAUAUGCUUUCAGAAAACUUGCAGGCCGAUCCGCAAGAGUCUUUACACUUGAAACAGUUGGUGCUCAUCAUCUUGCUUUUGUUGUUGAAGUUGAAAGAGGACCAAAGGUCGGGAAUUUGCAUCGACCACAACCUAUUGCUCAAAACUUUGCGGGCGCUAGGUUUCGCCAAGAUCAUGGGAAACUUCAUCACACGGCAGAUCGAGCUUUCGGAGUCGGGCCAUGAGCUGUUUGUUAUUCUCAAGUUCUCGUGCGAUAUUGUGUUCCAAUACCUAUACCACAUUAUACUUCUUUCUGACGAGGAGUUUGAGGCCCUCACAGAAUCUCCAUUAAUCCCAACCCUCAUUUCCCACUUGCUUUCCAAUGACAGCUUCAAUCACUAUAAUUUGGAAGAGGACGAUUUUGAAGACGAAUCGCGCCUUAUUGCCUACGAGGAGUUCAAACUCUUGCUUCUCAUCAAUGAACAGUACAUGAUGAUGUCGCUCUCGGCCAAUGUGAAAGAAAAUAAAGUUUUCGAAGGCUUGCUUGCGCAAAGGAGAGACUCUGUCAAUGGUAUCAGUGGGUUCACCAAUCUUUUGGUGUUUCACAUGAACAGAGAAGAAUCUCACAUCAUCAAAAUCUUGAUGCUUAAGUUUCUCUAUGUCAUCUUUACGACAUCUUCCAGCGCAAAACUUCCUUACCUCAAUGACUUGAAGAUUCUCAUUGACAUCAUGAUCCGUGAGCUUAACGAUAUGAGCUAUACUGGUGAAGACCAAGCAAGCAACUCUUUUCUUGCUCUCACAUACCUCAAGGUUCUAUAUCCUAUGUUAAUGUUUUCUCAAAUCAGUGAGCUAGAUCCGGGCUACAAGGCCAAAGAACUCGUGGACAUGCUUCGGAACAUAGUAGUCAAUUGCGACGUGAAUACAACUGACAAGACGGAACGGCCCCGCAUGGCCCAGUUCGAGCAGGCUUCGAAAAUCGUCAAGUUUGCUGUUUUGUGCCUCUCAAUACCAUGGCUCAAACUGGCCAACCGUGCCGAGAAGUUGAUGUCCAAUGCCAAUACAAGCAUGGAAAGCGUCUCUUCGGCAUCGUCGUUGACAAACCGUGUGGCCAACCUCAAGAUCCAAGAGUCCACCUCCUCUGAUCAGCAUUUCCUCUCCCAAGUGGCUUCUGUUCGCACGUCAACAGAGAAUGACUAUCAUAAAAGCAUCACAUCUCACAACUUAUCGGACGACAACGAAACACUGUCGAGUAUGUUUGAAGACAACAACCAUAAUGUGUUUUUAAGUCCCAAGAAAAGCCACGACAGCGCCAGCAUGGAACUUAAAGACACUGUGGUGCUUCUCAAUCUACCAAAAGAGUAUCUUCUCAACAAGCGGCUUCCGCCUCUCCCUCCCGAUAUGUCCCAGGACCGAAGUUCCGGUAACCUCAGUCCAUUUAGCCCGGAACAUGCAUAUUCACAAUCGACUCUAAUGCCGGGGAAAGUGACUAUGCCCCGAAAGUCUCCUCCACCGCCUCCUCCGCCACCAAGGCGCAGGCAUUACUAG